AUGGAUGGCGAAAGGGAAAUCCACUUCAGCGAAUGUGUCUUCAAGAACUUACCAGAGAAAGAGUCAUGGACGUUUACGUUAACCUUUGGCAAGAGAAUAAGGCUUUUGUUCGUGAUGAAUUGUUUGAUAGGCGUUAUCUUAAUGCUAUUAAGUUGUUCGAUAGCGUUUCACUACUGGUACGAAAUGGUAUCGAUGAAGAGACAACUGAUCGUGAUAAAUGAUAACAUUGUCUUACACAACUUGAACCGCGAUAGAUGGCUACAGAAUGCAUCGGUGGCCCAGCCAAGGUCACCGGUCGAGGGAGACACGCGGGCGCCGAAAGCCUUUGAUGACAAUGACACUGCUAAGACAUUCUAUUUCGAAGAUGUGGAAGAAGACGUGGUAGACACCAAGAAAGAAAUUCAAGCAAAGGCAAUGUUCCUGCUUGUGACUUGAACAUCCUACAAAAAGAGUUAGAUGUGGUUCAAUUUAACGGGGGUCAGAAAGAAGUUAAUUUGGGAAACCAAUCACUCGUGGCUCCCUGGAUUCGGGAUGAAGAGGCUUCUUUGAAAAAUAGCGCGAACAAGUUCGAGUUGACGGGCAAUUACGUGACGAUCAAAGAAGACGGCCUUUAUUUAAUUUAUGCUCAGGUGGUAUACCUAACACAAUCACCGAACUGCUACUACAUAUGGGCGCGUCAAACGGGGAAGGAUCCCCGUCUGGUCUCGACUUGUGCAACUGGGGACGACUCGAGCAACCGACCGCUCAGCAAACCACUAAUGUCUUGUUCCUUGCAAACUAUUGUGAGACUUUACAAAGGAGACAUAGUCGACAUUACCCAGAGAGAACUGAACAGAACUGUGUGGCUCCGACCGGGGUACAGCUACUUCGGCUUCGUAAAACUUAGCUCUUAA